UGGGAGAAGAGAUCAAUUCAGUCUCUGUUCAUUCAAACAAAGUCAUGUUUCCUACCUCCUCACUCUCCAGCCCCUCCCAGAGCCAGGUGUUGACAAGAUCUAUCUUCCCCCUAUCACCAGAAGAACCAGAACUUUCCCCAGAGUUGAUCAGGGUUGGGCUAGAGGAGGAGGGAGAUGAGAAUAGAGGAGAGGCAGGAGGAGAGGACUUUGUGAACAGAUGUACGGGGACCCCCUAUGCACCGAACCCAAUACGUUCAUUCCCCAUAUGAUCGUCCUGGUUGGAACCCACGGUUCUGCAUCAUCUCGGGGAACCAGCUUCUCAUGCUGGAUGAGGACGAGAUACACCCCCUUCUGAUCCGGGACCGGAGGAGCGAGUCCAGUCGCAACAAACUGCUGAGACGCACGGUCUCCGUGCCGGUGGAGGGGCGGCCCCACGGCGAGCAUGGUACGGCGGCCGAGCAGGCUCUCGUGCCCCGGACAGUGGCGGGGAGACGGCUGAAGGUGGCCGGGGCUGCAGGGGAGGGGGAGUCGGGGAAAUGA